AUGACUGGGAGCACCCUGCUUGCAGUCACAUUGGCGGCUUUCCUAGCAUACCAAAUAUGGAUGUGCAUCUACAAUUUGUACUUCCAUCCCUGUGCAAAGUAUCCCGGUCCCUUCCUCGCGAGGAUGAGCAUCUUUCCCGAUUUGUACUAUGCAUGGAAGGGAACCAAGCACAUGUGGGCAGAUGAUCUUCACAAAAGAUAUGGGCCGGUCGUACGUCUCGAACCAUCCUUUCUCUCCGUCAUCACACCUGGUGCUGUACAAGCCAUAUACGCUCAUGGAUCCUCUUUUGAGAAGGCAACCUUCUACCACCGGGGCUCGCCACAAACCCAAGUGUUGACGAACCUGGCAACGGCCACCGACAAGAAGGUUCACAGCCGAAAGCGCAGAAUCAUCGCGCAGGCAUUCAGCGAGGCGUCGAUCCGAUGGUAUGAAGCGACGCUACUCAACAAGGAUCGUAUCUUUUGUCAACGCAUUUGCGACCCGGAUACAUUCGGGGGAAAAUACAAGAACAUGGCACGAUGGUUCUCCUAUCUCACCUACGAUACAAUGGGAGUCUUGACGUUUAGUCAUGAGUACAACAUGUUGACAAAGGAGGACGAUCACUUCAUUCAGCCCUUGAUCGAUACAUUUCAGCACAGUCAAGUCGUUCUGGGCGUUGUGCCUUGGGUCGAACGCUGGGGUCUGGCCCCAUUACUCUUUGUCAGAAUCCUGGGUGCGGUGGCAAGAUUCCGCAAGUAUGUCGACCGACAAGUUGCUUUUCGAAUGGACCAGGAAAAAGCUGGGAAAGGCGCUCGAGAUAUCUUCAAGAUCCUUCUCGACCACGAAGACAAGACCACGGGCGAGAAGAUGGAGUUUAAAGAGCUUUCCGAUGAAGCGGUUGUUUUGAUCAUAGCUGCGUCCGAUACAACAGGCACGGCGCUUUCCGGCCUCUGGUUCUAUCUCGCAAAGUAUCCGGAGUGCUACAGUAAGCUCAAAGAUGAAGUUCGAUCGACUUUUUCGGAUGUCGAAGAGAUUAUCAGCGGCGACAAGCUACGAAGCUGCAAAUACCUCAGAGCAUGUGUUGAAGAGGCGCUCCGUAUGAGUCCCGGCGUACCGGGAUAUCUCACCAGAGAAUCUGCAAAAGACGAGUCGAUUGACGGGCACUUCAUCCCAGCAGGAACUCAAGUCGGAGCUCCAGGGUGGACCACUCAUCGCAAUCCCGACAUCUUCCCCGAUCCACAGACUUACCGGCCCGAGCGAUGGAUGACCGAGUCCUCGGAGGAGCUCCAGCGGAUGCGUUCGAUUCAUUUUCCCUUUAGCUACGGCCAGAGAGCAUGUAUUGGGAAGAACUUGGCCUACAACUCAAUUUAUCUCAUCACAGCUCGGCUGGCAUUCUUGUUUGAGAUCGAGUCCCGUGAUGCUCUGCCAUUGGAAUACCAUGUCAAGGAUCACUUUGCAGCUGGCGAAAAGGAUGGGCCAUAUCUAGCAUUCACAGAGAAGAGCCUUAAAUAG